AUGAACCCUAAUUCUGCCCUAUUACGCAAGGUGAAGUCUUACAAUUACAAGAAACGGGCCCGUACAACAUUUCUGCCUUUCUUCGACAGUCUGUCUGGCUACACGAAGUCGGCGUUUUUCUCGGACCUGAUAUCAGCUGUUACUGUAGCCUUCAUUCGAUUGCCACAGGGACUUGCCUACGGUGCACUUGCAAACGUGCCCCCUAUCAACGGACUCUACACUGAAUUCUUCACAUGCCUCUUUUACAGUUUCUUUGCGACCUCUCGUCACAUUUCUGUCGGAACGUUCGCAGUCCUUUCACUCAUGGUUGGAACAAUGGUAGAAGACAUCGACUUUUCAGUUUGCAACACGGCGAAUUCGACAGUAAGCAGAAACAUUUCAAACGAAGUACUGGACGAAUAUGACAGGAUUCCCUUAGCUAACGAAGCGUGUGCCACUCAACUGAAACUCCAGUACGUCGUGUCCGCAACAAUGCUAUGCGGUAUUCUUCAAGUGGCCUUCGGGAUAUUUCAAAUAGGAAAGCUUUCCCUUCUUUUGCCCAGACACGUGGUCCAAGGGUUCACGACAGCUGCUGCAUUUUUCGUCCUUACGUCACAAGUCACCGUCAUGAUCUGGGAUCAUCGUUCAUGUGUAAAGCAAAAAGUCGAACACGAUUUAGGCUUAGUGUAUCAAAUUUUGGCUUGA